GAAACUGGAAGCAUUUUUCRUUCUUGUUAGGUGAAAACUGUCAUGGAAGUGAAUGUGCUCACUGGCAAGGCAAGUUACAUUCUCAGUGCUUUGAAAAUGGUGAGAUUUUGCUCGUCAUUUGUUGUUGAAGCAAUCUGAUAAUUUUUCAUUUUGCUCAUGUUAUGUAGUUUUGAAGUAAUAGCUUUGAUUAUUAAAUUCUCCCUUACAAAGAUUUAAUUGGCAGUGUGUGAUUUKGGAUGAAAUUGCAAACCUCUUGUCAUGAUUGUUGAUUCAAACACAGUACAGGAAGUGUUGGAAGUCUAAAGGCAAUUGAGUUCCUGCAAUGGAUUAGUGAUUCAGUUCUAAGCAAAGGAGUGGCCAUCCUACCAUUAACUCCUGCCACUUCAUUGCCUAAGCAGAGAUGUUCUUAGCAUCCACAGGCUUUGGCUAGAGCUUUCCAUUUAGAAUUCGCCUCUGAAGGAUCCAAAUGUAAAAUGUCUGUGUUUAAUCUCUACUGAAAAUAAGGGAUACAAGGCUUUCAGGGAGGCUUUCAAGAGGAAGAGCUAAUAAAUUACUCUGAAGUUGAUACAAGCUUCUCUGGGAAAAAGARCAGGGCCUGGAGAGCCUGUGAUAGAGAGCAACUGUUUUCAGAUACCUGCAUUAAACCUCAGACGUGCUUUCCUGCCAGCUGCUGCAGCACAGAAGAUUAGCAGACAUGUCCAUAGCACUCAAGCAAGUCUUUAAUAAAGAUAAGACUUUCCGCCCAAAACGCAAGUUUGAGCCUGGAACCCAGAGGUUUGAACUUCACAAACGAGCGCAGGCAUCUCUCAACUCAGGUGUGGACUUGAAAGCAGCUGUGCAGUUGCCCAGUGGAGAAGACCAAAAUGACUGGGUAGCUGUUCAUGUUGUUGACUUCUUCAACAGGAUCAAUCUCAUUUAUGGAACUAUCUGUGAGUUCUGCACAGAGAGGACCUGCCCAGUGAUGUCUGGAGGCCCUAAGUACGAGUACCGGUGGCAGGAUGACUUGAAAUACAAGAAGCCCACAGCACUGCCAGCACCCCAAUAUAUGAAUCUUCUCAUGGACUGGAUCGAGGUGCAAAUCAACAAUGAGAAUAUAUUUCCUACAAGUGUAGGUGUUCCCUUUCCAAAGAAUUUUCUUCAGAUCUGCAAGAAGAUACUCUGUCGGCUUUUCCGGGUGUUCGUKCAUGUCUACAUCCAUCACUUCGACCGUAUCAUCCUUAUGGGGGCUGAGGCCCACGUCAACACCUGUUACAAGCAUUUUUAUUACUUUGUGACAGAGCUCAACCUCAUAGACCGCAAAGAACUAGAGCCUUUGAAAGAGAUGACAACCAGGAUGUGUCACUAAAAACUACUCACUGAAGAAAAGCAAAGUCCMGUUUCCUUCUUACUGCACAGUUCAAGGACAUGACAGCCCUCAUGGAUUGAACCUGCUUGUUAAUUCCUGAAAGCAGGAAAGGGAACCACAACUGCUCUCACAGAUGCUUCUCUCCAGUGUCAAAGUUCCUAACCCUGAAUAUGCUGCUAGGAACCGCAUCUGAUCAACAUGGAUUAUUGAGAAAAAGAAUAAUCAUAUUAGUUCUAGCUCCUUUAUAGGGAUGAGAACCUCUUCAGCCACAAACAAUGACAGUGCUUCUUCUGCUAAAGCUUUACUGAAAUUCAGGUCCCUGUGCUAACCUCCAGACUACUUGUUUUGAAAUGAAAUCUGCAAUCUUGUUUUCUUUUUCUUUGGUUUCUUGGUAUGGGCUUCCUUUCCUAACUGCAACAGGCUACUAGAGAGGUUCUGGAAUCAAAGAAGACUUUGCCUUUAAUGCCCCCUACCCUGCACCAGGCCACCCAAGGCUUGGCCACAAUUCCCAAAUGCCAGCAAGCCUUGGGUUUCUGGGAAGACAGCCAUGUCCUGCUGAACAGGCAGUUCAUGCUUCAUUGUGACUCAUAAUUUAAUGACAAUGGGGGGGUUUCUGAUCUCAACUACAUGAACAGGGAUCCAGAUAUAGCUCUGCAGUGCUGAGGUAUUUUUCUUCAAUUCAUGCUGUGACUGACAGCAGAUGUGCUCAGUAUCUCAAUACUACAUAAAAAAAAACAGCUACAGUCAUCAUUUUCCUGAAGUACCCCACAGAAUACACCAAUCGAUAAUAUAAUUUCAUAUCUUUCCAUCCCCUUAAGAAGAGGGCCUUCCUGAAUCACCCUGAAGUUUAAACUUUUCAGAGAAAAAGAAAUUUCAUUUUAGUAACUUGCAGGAAGAUACAAUACAGAUGAGUAGUAAAAAGGUUAGAGAGAAGGGACUAAUUGAAGGUCUCUGUUGCAGCUAAACAGUGCCCAGCCAUGUGACUCGCUUUAUACACUGGACUAACAUAUUUUUUUCUCCAGAACUUAAUCCAGUUUAAUUAACACACGUAUGGACAUUCUGGAAGGAUCCAUUUCAGUAAAUCAAGUCUUCUAUGCCAAAUAUGCCCUGAGGAGGCUUUCUUCUAAARAAGAAUUAAACUAAAGUGAUGCUUAACAGAGGUAUCAUAAGAGAAAUACUGCUGAAUAAGUGGGAAUCAAGUGGAACACAUAUAUGUAUUCUGUGCCUUGUAAUGAAUUUUGCACACUUGUGUUAUUGUGGAAAAUUACUUUUUCCUGAGUAAGUGCUGAACCCUUUUGCUGCCUUCUCCUCAAGUAGGUUAGGUAUGUUUACAUCGUCUGAGACAGCAGCAGAAGAAAAUCUCCUGGAGUAUCCUGUGAUUGGAACAUUUGAAAUAGAGAGGCAGCAGACAUUAGAGAAUAACAAUCCUUUAUAGCUCAGUGUUGUAGCACAUUCUGAUUUACUUACCUGCUUGCUUAAAUCAGGGCUUGUAAAUGUCAGGAAUCACAUUCUUGCUGGGAAAAAUGCUUUUGUUUGUGAACAUUUGGUGUACCUGUGGUGGAGACUUCACUGCAUUUCUAGAACUCCACAAGAAGCAUUAUCCUUUGCUUUCAAGGGGAUGGACSUACAUGUUCCUACCUUCUUUGGUAGUCUUUGCAAUCAGGUGAAUUCUUUGGGGAUUGGACUGCACACACAGAUGAUUUCUGUCUUGCUGGCACUUCUGCAGGCUAUAACUAGCAUUCUGGGAUUCAUUGCCACAGCUACUCCUGAGCUUGCCUCAUUUUAAAGAAAACAAAAAAAAUGUAGUAUCUUUGAGGUGGUUCAUGUAGCUGGCAACUGCCUGGAAUUACAACUUUAAUUGCUUAUGAAAGGGUUUCUUGAACUCCUCCAAAGUGCCUGGGCUGGGGCACUGUUUGAGAUGGAGCUGUAGUCGAUGCAGUGCUCUUGAAUUCCACUGCCACUGUGGACAGUUGCCAUGUGGUGUUCUCAUGUCUGGGUAGCACUGUAUGUGAAACAUUAACAUGAAGAUGCAAACGUGGAAUUCUGUGCAUAAAAAAUCAAAGUCAAAAAUUGAAAACCAUGGUAUUUUAUACAUAAUUUACUCUGCAUUUUAUUAYACUACUGUUUUGAGUCUAUUCACUGCAUCCCAGUCUGAAGAUAAAGCAGAAUUUUUUCUCAGUUACCUUUUUAUGAUUGCAUUAAUGUUGUGAAUGAAAAACUUACCUGUUGGAGUGGUUUUGUUUUAAAUUGCUUUUUUUCCCCMAAACCCUUAUGUUUCCUUUUCUGGUAUGGCACACUGUGUGAGGCAAAAGAGUGAAAUGCRGAGUUGAACCUUAGAUGAUUUGUUUUUUACCUGGUCAAAAUCCCUGUAAUGGGAAAAGCCCAUUAUAAUGCAGGAGCUGAACCAGCUGCAAAGGAGAGCAGAGUGUACUUGUUAUUAUUGCUUAUUGUGCUGGGAAGAACAYGGAGUUGCCUUCCUCCAAAUGGCAGGGUGUGACCGACCUUCCACUGAGUAUCUCCAAACAGGUUCUCUUGCUUCUGCCACCUGACCAUCUCAUGCCAUGCCUGCCUUGAUAAGCCAAUAAGAAUAAUGUUUGGAACAUGACAUCACUACAUAAAAGCAGCAUUUUACCAUUUUCUAUAGAGAGAGAAAGGCAGGUUCCUCUUAACUCUUGUAAUCAAGGACUCUUGUUUCAUCAGUAAUUUGCUCAGGGCCAUAAACAGACAGAAUUGUGUUUUGGUUGUUAAUUCUUUUUCUACCUAAUCUUACUAUUAUGUAUGUUCCUAAUAAUGCCAGCAUUACAUAUUCUUUUGUGAUUGGGAAAAGUGGGGGGAGGAGAGGGAGAAAAGAGGUUAUUAUUUGGAUU